UCAUCAUCCAACUGUUCGUCUUUCCCUUAUUUCAUCAAUUUUAUCAUUCGAUUACCACUUCUUACCGACUGUUCACACCUUGGUGUGACUACUACUGAAUAUCAUGGCGAUCUCUUCCCUCGUCCGUCGAGGUGCGGAGGCUGUCGCGGACUUCACCUCCAAGCAGCCUGCCCCGAACCAGCCCACCAUCCACUUUGCUGGAUGGCUGUCGGCUCUUUUUGUCUUCACGGCCUUGGCCUUUAUUGCCAUUGUCUUCUCGGUCGAGUAUACCUACGGCAUGCUGGUCCCGACCCUCGCCGCGAUUGAGGACUCCAACCCCGAUAUCUAUGUCCGGAUUGACACCGAUUUCGACCCCAACAAGCCCGUCGAUGCGGAGGAGCCCGAGACCGAACAGGUGCGCCCGAACCCGGUCACCCACAAACUGCGUACGACUAUUCUGCACCUCCGGAACCGUGCCGGCUUUCUGUCUCGCUUCCGGGGCCUGAGCAUGCUUCUGACCUACGGCUUCGCUCAAGGCCUGGUCUUCAUGUUUAUGCCCUUCUCUAUCGAUGCCUUUCUUCCUCAGUUCCUUGUCAGCAUGGUUAGCGCCGUCCUCCUGGCCAACCUGCAGCUAGCGUGGGUCCACAUUGUCAUUUCUGAACCUUCCCCGAAGCGCUUUUACCAGCGGAUUCCCGGGUUUGCCGCCUGGAAGAAGAUUGCUCCUGUCGUUGCUUUUGAGCACGCCGUCACAGGUGCGGCAUACUACAUUCCUUUGUUCCUGAUCAGUGUCUGCAACGGCUUCAAGGGCAUGGAGAACCCUGCCGAGGGUGGCUCUCCCACCACAACGAUCGGAAGCGCUAUUGGACUGGUGUCCCUGCCAGCCCUUCUUUCCUUUGUUGCAUCGGUCCCUGCCCGAGCGAUCUUCAUCCGCGUGGCUGCAUCCAUGCUUCCGGAGGAGGACGAGUCUAUUGUGCCUUUUGACCGGUCCUUCGGCGGCAAAGUCUCGCCCGCCAUCUUGGGAGGCAGCGGCAAGGUGAGCAUCGUGGAUGCUUGGAAGACGUUCGACCGGCCGGCCCUGAUGCGCUUUGUCAAGGCUAUUGGCAAGGGCUUUGCUUUGGAGGUUGCCGUGGUUGUGCUGUUUGGCUCGUUGUUGGCUCUCCAGAUCUGGGCCGGCGCGGUGACCUAUGGGUUUGGAAACGCCUAAAUCUGUCUUGACUAGCUCCGACACGUUGCCCGCCUGGAUUAUCGGCAUGAUGCCAAUCCUGUAAUCCUGUUCAUAAAUAUAUCUGCCUGAAUAUAAGCUCUUCAUAGUCGCCUGUCUGCGUUGUGGUUUUGCGGUGGCAUGAAGGAUCCCCGGACACUUGAGAGCUGCCUAAACUUGAUAUAGUCUACCUAACUCUACUCCUAACUAAAGUCGGUUUUCUGUUCUGAUAGGUACUGCU